CUGUGAAAUGAGUUUCUGGAGGAAUCUCUGAGCCAAUGCGAGCAGCGCAUCUUCGCUCGCGCGCUGGAGCGGAAGUGUGCCUCGGGGCAGGGCGCGAGCAUAUAAACUCACGCGGACUUCCUCAAACUCACUUUGCAUCGGAGCAGAGACGCACUCAGAUCUAAGCGGCAUCAUGAGCUGGGACAGCUACAUCACGAGCCUGACCAAGAGCGAGUGGGUGGAUGAUGCGGUCAUCCUCGGGUGCACACCGGGUCAGGAGUCCGUCUGGGCGUCAGCACCGGGCGGCUGGCUCAACCAAGUCACGGCGGCUGAGGUGAAGGCUAUCAUCGCCAGUGACCGCAGUACUCUGUUUGCCAAUGGCGUGACUCUGGCCGGCAGGAAGUGCACGGUGCUGAGAGACGCUCUGAAUGUGGACGGUCAGAACACCAUGGACAUCAAGAUGAAGACCUCAGAGAAAGAGCCUGACCCCUUCUCCUUCACCAUCGGCAGAUCUCACAAAGCCAUUAUCAUUGCUAAAGGUGUAAAAGAUGCUCACGGAGGCAAAGUCAAUCCACCCGUCUUCGACAUGACCGCAUACCUCAGGAAAUCGAACAUGUGAACAAGCCCCGCCCCCGGCCCUACUGACUCCGCCCACUUCACCUGUCUGCAGGAUCUGACCCAAUCAUGAAGCCAGAAGAACUGCUCCGAGAUCAGAACUGCUCUUGUCUUCAUCAUCAUCAUCGUCAUCUUCAUCGUCCCGGGAGUCUGAGAUCUUGGUUUCUUCUCCAGUCAGGCAGCAGACCGCAAACUCUAGUUAAUAUCAAACUCAUUUAUUGGUUUUAUCAUGAAUUAAUCGAUUGAUUUACGGUUUUCUAGUGUUUUCUGUGUUUUGGACGGGCGGAGCGUCCAGUCAAAUGGUUUUAGCAUUUGUUUGUAUGCUUGUCUGUGUGAAAACCUGCUGAACAAAACCCAGAUAUCUGACUAUUAGAUGCCAAAUAAAGAGAGAAUGAGUUUGUACGGAGCAGCUCAUAUUUUUAUCAA